UCCAUCUCAGGGGUUCAGACCCCGUCUCUCCCGGAGCCCACGUGACCGGCUAACCCGGUAUCGCCAUCCCAGCCGGGCUUCUCCGGCGGUCGGUCACAGGCACCGCGCUCCCAUUGGCAGACGCCCCAGCCCCGCCCCGCCCCUCCCCCCUCUAUAAGGCGGCGCUGGGCGGCUUCAUCGCCGCAGAGCAGUUUUCGGUCAGCUUUGUCCCUCCUUUCUCACCCCCCCGCCCAGCCUCCCGCCCCUCCCGGGAUGGUGCACGGCUGGGACUGAGCCACCGGGGCGGAGGUAGCACUGGGGUGGCCGCGUCUAAGCAGCGCCAUGAGGAGGUGGUGAGUCCAGACCCGUGAUUUCACCGCAGUAGGGGCCUCCUUUCCUGGUGUGGAAACUCCCUACCCGUGAUGCAGGUUGGCCUCUCUGCUUGGAGCCCUGAAAGGCUAAGCGACUUGCUCCUGAUCCCACAGCCAGUAUGUCGCAGACUUUGAAUCCAUGUCUUCCAGAUUCCAGUAGCAGUCUUCUAGCCUGACAUGCAUAUGCAGACAGCACCACGUUAAGUCCACAGAAGUGGUAGGACCACCAUUGUAACUUGUGAGCUGUCCCAAAGAACUGACCAUGUCUAUUAUGGACCACAGCCCCACCACUGGAGUGGUUACCGUUAUUGUCAUUCUCAUUGCCAUCGCAGCCCUGGGGGCCUUGAUCCUUGGCUGUUGGUGUUACUUGCGCCUACAGCGUAUCAGCCAAUCAGAAGAUGAAGAGAGCAUUGUGGGUGAUGGAGAAACCAAAGAACCCUUCCUUUUAGUCCAGUAUUCGGCUAAAGGUCCUUGUGUGGAGAGAAAAGCUAAACUGACUCCUAAUGGCACAGAAGUCCAUGGCUAAGCUAACCCUUGGCACAGAUGCUCAUGGGUACUAAACCUUGUGUGCAACCAGCAGAAGAACUGGAGAAGAACAAUUUGGAUAUGCUGCUCUCUAAGAAGAACUGAGUUUAAAUUUCACAUUAUGGUCUUGUUGGGUUUUGUUAUUGCAUGCACUGAGACCUGUGUCCUGAACCUAAACUCCUUGGCCCUGGGAGUUGGCUGACCUUUCUGGUGGUACUGUCCAUUGCAGGCAAUGGACGGACCAGGCCCUGCUGGUGUAAAAGGAAUCAAAGCAUUUUUGUUACUUGAAUGUUUAGCUGAGCCUGUUUUAGAUGGAGCUACUACUGUAAUGUGAACUAGCUAACAAAACUGUGAACUGUAAAUAGGCACCAGAAGCACUUGUUUGUUUUUUUUUUCCUUUUAAAAAAAAAUAAUAUAGCACAUGGAGCUGCUGGUCUGAAGUUAUUGUAAUGGUAAACUCAGAACUAAAGACUGAGUCCCAUGACCAUGGAAAAAGUUCUAAUCGUGGAAAGCCCAAGUUGCCAUCAGCUGGCUAGUUAGUAUUCACAGAUGUAAAUAUGUAUAGAAAAGAGCUGUUGUUUUUAAGUCCUGUGGGUAACUUUAUAGAAAACAAGAGAUGAUGCUUAUUAGAAUUUGGCUUCUAUUGCAGGAAGCAAUAGGCCAAAAAAAAAAAAAAGAAAGAAAGAAAAGAAAAAAAAGAAA